AUGACAAAUGGUCGGCGAGUGCAGUUACGCGGCAGUUCAGUAGCGCCGCUCAAGAUGUUGCGACCGGAGUCUCCCCUCGCUGAUCACCGCAGCCUCCUCCCUCGCCGUCUGCUGCCCGCCAAGGCACAGAUCGCACCAGCGGAUAAACGCAAGAACAGGAGGUCGCUCGAACUCAACCCCCCUUCCAAUGACCAUGCUCCAUACGAUUACUCGAAACUACUCAUUUCGAAAACGACCGACUCCCUGAAUACAGAAUGCCCUCGCAAACUGAUAAACAAACAAGAUUCCACUGAUAGCCUCAAACGUGCACUGCUAUCUAAGGAUGAUAAGAAGUCUGCUAGUAAGGAGUCGGAUAAGAAAGGUCAGAUCUCAAAACAAGACUCGAGUGAGAGUUUGAAAAAGGCUUUACUUUGUCGUCAGGACUCUAAUGAGAGUGUUAAACGGAAAGAAGCUGAAGCGAAGCGUGCUCAGAAAGAUGAAACGAAGAGGGUUAAUGAGAUUAAGAGGGGGAAUGAUAAGAAAGGGUUGUUGGAGACGGAUAUAGAUGAGCCUCUGAAGAGGAUUUAUGAAAGGCGGACGGGUUGUGCUCGUCCGACGUUGCCUCCUGUCGCUGAGAAAUCGGCGCCGUCUCCCAAUUCUCCAAAUGGCAGCCCGAACACGCCAAGCGUGGCAGCAGUGGCUGAAGGGCUGGCCCGGUGGGGCAGCGGCCUGCUGUCUCCAAGAGAAGAGCCCAGACUGAAGGCAGCUAGAAGUUGGUACGGCUACGGGACUCUUCCAACAGAUAGUGAUAAGAUGGGAGCAGGUGCGAAUGGGCCCGGUGGGCGACGAGCCCUAGAACUGAUUCUGAGUGGAGGGCUCAAGUCCUUGGCACGACCAGCGAAGCCAGUCCGCAGGGCUGCCUCCAGGGACUCCGUGCUGUCGCAACCACAGCCCUUACUUGAAGGUCUUCGGAAAUGCUCGACAGUACUCGCGUUGACCGACCGCGAGAAGUCAUCAGAGCCGAUGAGGGCUCACAAUAGACUACGCGCGCCCUCCGUCUGCUCCCGUUGUUCCUCGCUGUUGUCACUCGCUGGUGCCGGAGGUUCCAGGUAUUCUCUGGACGGCGCUGGUAGUGGCUUCGUCCCGGCAGCUCCUAUUAACUGCAAGCUCUGUCUGGAAGACGCGACAGUUGAUAAGGUCACCCUCAUCUCCGGCUGUGGAUGUUCCUUCUGCACUAAGUGUAUGAAAGCGUAUGUCGAAUUUGAAGUGUGCAAUGGUGCGUACGAGGUGUCAUGUCCCGAUGCGAGAUGCAGAGUGGGUGCCGCCCUCAAUCUGGAAGAGAUCUCUGAGCUGGUGGAACCGGCAGUCAUGGAGAAACAUCUCAAGUUUAGAUUGAACCAUGAAGUGGCGAUGGACGCAGGACGAGCGUUUUGCCCACGCGUAGGCUGUGACACAGUGGUACAAGUGCGUGCUGCCAGCCCAGCCCACUGCCCAACCUGCCGGCACGACUUCUGUUCACAGUGCAAUCAGGAGUGGCACGGAGGUCUAUCCUGUGAAGCUGCAGCAGCGUCAUCAUCCAUGGGCGGUGCUGGUGCCCCUUUACUGCCUGACUCCGAACUCAUCAAACUGUGCCCCAUGUGCCGGGUGCCUAUUGAGAAGGAUGAAGGAUGCGCGCAGAUGAUGUGCAAGCGGUGCAAACACGUCUUUUGCUGGUACUGCUUGGCUUCGCUUGAUGAUGAUUUUCUGUUGCGGCACUAUGAUAAAGGACCGUGCAAGAACAAAUUGGGACACUCACGCGCAUCUGUACUAUGGCACCGUGCACAGGUGGUAGGAAUAUUUGCAGGCUUCGGACUGUUGCUGUUGGUGGCCAGCCCGCUCCUCUUGUUGGCAGCGCCCUGCAUCGUCUGUUGCAAGUGCAGGCUCUGCAACCCCAGCACGAAGAAUCUCGAGGAGGUAGACGAGAUAGACAGCAUAAGUCCUACCCGGGAUGACGACCGGGACCAACAGCCGGACCGGUACCUAUCCGACUGACGCCGGCGUCGCGACCGUAGGUACUAAACUAUCACAACCUGACAUACUGGCGAAAUGUACUUCAAAAAUCCAGUACUUACUCUGUACCUAGGUCCUAGGUACUCAAAAGUGAAAAUGAACACUAAAUACAGACUACAAAAGAACUAUUUUUCUCCACGUGUUAAAAGUAAUAGUUUUAAACCAGAUUCAAAUGUUUUUGACGUAUCUUUUCCGUAUUUAUUGAUGUUUAUUAUUAUAAUAGUAUAGUUGAAGUGCAAGUUUUAGCUUCAAUUCUCAUUCAAAAUGUUAUAUUUAUCUGUAAUAUGUGUCUAUAAUUGUGACAGAUUGUCGUAUAACAUAACUCUUGAGUAUAAGUGAAUUUAAAAAUAACGGAUGACAGUUGGAGAUUUGUGAUAUAAAGUGAACUUCGCCUCUACUAGAAAAAGGGAUAUUUUAGAUCUAAAUGUAAGAAAGAACGUUCGCCUCUUUGUGGCUAAAUUAAUGUAAAAUAAUUAACUGUACUAUAUCUAUUUAAUAACUCGUGUAUUUGACACGCUAAUGAAUAGAAUAUUGCUUUUUUGUUUCAUUGGGGAAACUACGUUGUUCUUACAAAUCUUUAAAACUGCACUAAAAAUGCCUUAUGCUCAUUUGACUUCGCAGAGGAUUUAAAAAGCUGUAUCUUUGCCUUUUUGAGACUCUCGGCCCGUUUUUGACGUAAAAAUGACAUCUGACAUUUUAAGGUGUCAUGGCGACUGUGAAGUGUGAUGUUUCCCCCCGAAAAUAAUGUUUACACAAUACCUAUGUGUUUUUAUAAAUCAGUAGAAUUCAUAGUAAAUAAAAAAUAUGUAUAAUAUUACACUGAUAUGUAAAUAUUGUUGUAUUCAGCCAUUAUUCUUUUAUAUACCUAUGUAAAAUAUUAUGACUAAAUGACUCUGUCAUACGUCUUUACUUUGCCAAUUGCGCUUGACUGUUAAAAAUAACAAAUGUGUACUAUAAAUAAAUUAAAGCUAUAAUUUUGUUUGCGCGAAUAUUCUGUUUGCGAUAAAACAUCUUUAUAACUCAUUCAGUCUGUGACAGUAUGAUAUGUGUAAUUCAAUAUUUUUUCAACAGAGGGCAGGAUUAGCGAAAAAAGGUUUUUUGACAAUUGUGAAAUUAUCGUCCUAAUACUGAAAGGCUGCUCCAUUUUAAGUUGUAAUUAAAUAUCGUGCUAUCCCCGUCAUUUUACAAAUAAAUUGUAAUGACAACUAUACUUAACCGCGACUUAA